GGGUCCUCACGUGGGCACAUCUGGGAUGGUGAACCUGUCAAUAGACCCCUCUCCCGCGUCCAGCUCUGCUUCUGUGAGCCUCCAACCCAACCCAGGUGCGCCGGAGGGCGGUCGCGGCUGUGCGGCGCAAAGUCCUGCAGGGCCGCGAGGUGGCGCCAUAGCUGCAGCAGCGCGUGCCGGCCCGGGCCGCUCCAGAUAAGAGUGUGCGGAAAGCGCGGCGGGGCUGAGACGCGACCAGGACGCGGGGAGGACGGACCAGCAGGACAGACCGACCGGGGGCCCGGCGGGCGGAGGGCAGCGCAGCGCAGCCACGUCCCCCCCUGGAUCCGCCGGCAGCCGGGCCCGGGGCUUCCGACAUGCCCCCCAGGAGAGUGUGCUGGGCAGACGAUGCUGGACACGAUGGAGGCGCCGGGCCACUCGAGGCAGCUGCUGCUGCAGCUCAACAACCAGCGCACCAAGGGCUUCUUGUGCGACGUGAUCAUCGUGGUGCAGAACGCCCUCUUCCGCGCGCACAAGAACGUGCUGGCGGCCAGCAGCGCCUACCUCAAGUCCCUGGUGGUGCAUGACAACCUGCUCAACCUGGACCAUGACAUGGUGAGCCCGGCGGUGUUCCGCCUGGUGCUGGACUUCAUCUACACCGGCCGCCUGGCUGACGGCGCGGAGGCCGCGGCGGCGGCGGCCGUGGCCCCGGGGGCCGAGCCGAGCCUGGGCGCCGUGCUGGCCGCCGCCAGCUACCUGCAGAUCCCCGACCUCGUGGCGCUGUGCAAGAAGCGCCUCAAGCGCCACGGCAAGUACUGCCACCUGCGGGGCGGCGGCGGCGGCGGCGGCGGCUAUGCCCCCUACGGGAGGCCGGGCCGGGGCCUUCGGGCCGCCACGCCCGUCAUCCAGGCCUGCUACUCGUCCCCCGCCGGGCCUCCGCCGCCGCCCACCGGCGAGUCGGCUUCGGGCCCCGAGGCCGCGGUGAACACGCACUGCGCGGAGCUGUACGCCUCGGGCCCCGGCCCGGCCUCCGCACUCUGCGCUCCGGAGCGCCGCUGCUCCCCGCUCUGCGGCCUGGACCUGUCCAAGAAAAGCCCGCCGGGCUCCGUGCCUCCUGAACGGCCGCCGGGCGAGCGCGAACUGCCCCCGCGCCCAGACAGCCCUCCCAGUGCCGGCCCCGCAGCCUACAAGGAGCCACCGCUCGCCCUGCCACCGCUGCCGCCGCUACCCUUCCAGAAGCUGGAGGAGGCCGUACCGCCUCCGGACCCGUUCCGUGGCGGCGGCGGCAGCCCGGGACCCGAGCCCCCGGGCCGCCCCGACGGGCCCAGCCUCCUCUACCGCUGGAUGAAGCACGAACCAGGCCUGGGCAGUUACGGCGACGAGCUGGGCCGGGAGCGCGGCUCCCCCAGCGAGCGCUGCGAGGAGCGCGGCGGGGACCCGGCCGCCUCGCCCGGGGUACCCCCGCUAGGCCUGGUGCCGCCGCGCUACCAGGGCAGCCUGGACGGGCCGGGCGCGGGCGGCGACGGCGACGACUACAAGAGCAGCAGCGAAGAGACGGGCAGCAGUGAGGACCCCAGCCCGCCCGGCGGCCACCUCGAGGGCUACCCAUGCCCGCACCUGGCUUAUGGCGAGCCUGAGAGCUUCGGUGACAACCUGUACGUGUGCAUCCCGUGCGGCAAGGGCUUCCCCAGCUCGGAGCAGCUGAAUGCGCACGUGGAAGCUCACGUGGAGGAGGAGGAGGCGCUGUACGGCAGGGCCGAGGCGGCUGAGGUAGCUGCGGGGGCCGCCGGCUUGGGGCCGCCUUUUGGAGGCAGUGGGGACAAGGUCGCUGGAGCUCCGGGCAGCCUGGGCGAGCUGCUGCGGCCGUACCGCUGCGCGUCGUGCGACAAGAGCUACAAGGACCCGGCCACGCUGCGACAGCACGAGAAGACGCACUGGCUGACCCGGCCCUAUCCGUGCACCAUCUGCGGGAAGAAGUUCACGCAGCGCGGGACCAUGACGCGCCACAUGCGCAGCCACCUGGGCCUCAAGCCCUUCGCGUGCGACGCGUGCGGCAUGCGCUUCACGCGCCAGUACCGCCUCACCGAGCACAUGCGCAUCCACUCGGGCGAGAAGCCCUACGAGUGCCAGGUGUGCGGCGGGAAGUUCGCACAGCAGCGCAACCUCAUCAGCCACAUGAAGAUGCACGCCGUGGGUGGUGCGGCAGGCGCAGCCGGAGCGCUGGCGGGCCUAGGGGGGCUACCCGGCGUCCCCGGCCCCGAUGGCAAGGGCAAGCUCGACUUCCCCGAGGGUGUCUUCGCUGUGGCCCGCCUCACGGCUGAACAGCUGAGCCUGAAGCAGCAGGACAAGGCGGCGGCGGCCGAGCUGCUGGCGCAGACCACGCACUUCCUGCACGACCCCAAGGUGGCGCUCGAGAGCCUCUACCCGCUGGCUAAGUUCACCGCGGAGCUGGGCCUCAGCCCGGACAAGGCGGCCGAGGUGCUGAGCCAGGGAGCGCACCUGGCCGCCGGACCCGACGGCCGGACCAUCGACCGUUUUUCCCCCACCUAGAGCGCCUCUUGCCGGCCCGCCUCGUCGCCGCCGCGUGGCCCUGGCCCGUGCUCCCCAGGGAACAGCGGCGGCAGCCGCGAGCAGGCACACCGCGCCCGGACAUCUGUAGUAGCAGCGGCAGCGUCGCCGCAGUGGCGGCGGCCCCACCUGGCCUCACUGCUUUGUGCCUUAGCCCGGGGGUGGGGUGGGGGUGAAA